UUUCAAUAGUCUCAUCCAUAGGACCGUGUCCGGGGUCCUCAGCCUUAUAUGGCAUGGAACACUCAUUAUCUAGGAAUUACGGCAUGUGGUUUUACUGCUACCACGAACGGCUCUCUUUCGUGGACCAUAGCAACCCACAAUAAUCUUCAAAACUAAACUGUGGCGUUUAGUUUUUUCGCUGAUAAAAACAAACUGUUAAUUUUAACCAUAUUUCAUGGCGAUUUUGGGAGAUCGACGCUGCAUAAUAUAUAGUUUGAGAAACAGUAGAGGAGGUUCUUAAGAAGCAAUGCUUUCUAAAAAGGAUUGGGUGUGCGAUAUUGGGCACUAGUUGCUAAUUUCAAGACAAAGAUGGGGAUUGCUCUUCACUCAUUAACAGCAUGUAAAGAACUUCUUUGCUGGGACAAGCAAGCUCACUAUAAUUUAUAUAGGAAAAAAUGUAUUAGAGUCUCUAAAAAGGGAAAAGGAUCGUGGAAUGUAACGAGAGUAUUAAGUUCAUUUGGAGCACAGGAAGCAGAUAUGGGGACAAAGGCCAGUGGUAAAGAGAAGCUUCUUAUUGACUGUGGACCCGAUCAACAAUGUGUACUUGGAGGAAUUGUUGCACUUGGAAAAUUUGAUGCACUGCACAUUGGUCAUCGUGAACUGGCAAUACAGGCAGCAAAAAUAGGGGUGCCUUUUCUCUUAUCCUUUGUAGGAAUUGAUGAGGUCCUUGGCUUGGAGAAACGGCUACCUGUGGUUGCUAAAUGUGAUCGAAAGCGAGCACUUUCACUGUGGGCACCUUUGUGUGGUGGUAUGGUACCACAUGAAUACCAUGUCCAAUUCGCUCAAGUUCGUUCUUUGAGCCCCCGUCAAUUUGUGGAGAGUCUCUCAAAGGAAUUAGGAGUGACAGGAGUUGUAGCAGGUUCAAAUUACAGAUUUGGGUACAAAGCUUCAGGGGAUGCAUCAGAUUUAGUCCAGUUGUGUGGAGAAUUUGGCCUCAAAGCUUACAUUGUUGACCCUGUCAUGGAUAAGUUUGACGGAUCAAUUUCAGAGCAAGGAAAUAUGGGAACAGAUACUAGAGAGAAAGGGCAGGUAUCUUCGACUCUCAUUCGUAAAGCUCUAGCCGGUGGCAAUAUCAAGCGUGUAGAAGAACUUCUUGGUAGAAAGCAUCGGCUAAUGUUAACAACAGCCAAUUGUGCUGUUACAAAAAAUACGUUGCUUGCCUGCAGGUCAUCUGUGCUAAAUCAGCCACCUAAGGAGGGCAUAUAUGGUUGCUUGAUAGUGACCAAUGAUCAUAAUCAUGUGGACAUUAAUUGCAAUGAAAAUGUUAUAGGAUAUGGUGAUAUGAGAAUAGAUUCUUCACAAAUAGAAGUCACAUUACGUGAACAUAACUCCUUGGUACCACUAAAUAGAAAUACUUGUAUUGGUCUAGAAUUUGAAUGCUCAAGAACAUGUUGAGUGAGAUGUUUUUAGAAAUUAUUUUCACCUGUGGCCAAUAAUGUUAUGAAGACAUAAUUGCCUUAUUCUUUUGCAUGUUUCAGGCCCUUCGCCUGGAUGAAAAGUUGUAAAUUAUGAGAGUUUUAUUCUGGGAGUGCAUUCAAAUUUCCUAAGAGCAAAACUUUAUUGAUAAUCAUAGUGUAUAUUUACGAUUUAUGUUAUCAUGGA